AUGUCGACAGCGGGGAAGAUUGGUGGUGAAUACGGGCCUAUUCGCGCGGGCAUCGACAUCGACAAGUUGAAUGUGUACUUGACUGAGCAUGUGAAGGCUGUCCGGACGCCAGUGGACGUGAAGCAAUUCAAGUUUGGACAGUCGAACCCGACGUAUUUCUUGACGGCCAAAGGAGGCAAGCGGUUCGUCCUCCGCAAGAAGCCUGCCGGACAAUUGCUCUCGACAACUGCCCACCAGAUUGAGAGGGAGUUCAUUGUCUUGAAUGCACUGCAUAAGCACAACACGAAUUCAUCGACGUCCGGGGAAAACAAGGUGCCAAUACCGGAACCUCUGAUCCUGUGCGAGGAUAUCGCAGUCAUUGGAACACCGUUCUAUAUCAUGGAAUUCCUCGAAGGACGGAUAUUCACGGACGUCAGGAUGCCCGAGGUCUCUCCAGAGACACGCCGAGAAUGCUGGCUCGCGGCGAUACGUGCUCUCGCGGCGCUGUCCUCCCUAUCCCCAGCAGCGAUUGGGUUGUCAAAUUUUGGCCCGUCGACGCCCUAUUUUCCACGACAAAUCAAGUCCCUGACGCGCGUAUCUCGCUCGCAGGCGGACGCAGUGGACGUCGAGUCGGGCAAGCCGACGGGCAGCAUCCCGCGUUACAACGAUCUUAUGACGUGGUACGAGAGUAAUCUGCCGGACGAGAACAAGACAGGCCUGCGCGUCGUCCACGGGGACUACAAGCUGGACAACAUGAUCUUCCAUCCCACGGAGAACCGCGUGAUCGGUAUCUUGGAUUGGGAGUUAUGCACGCUAGGCAGUCCGCUUGCAGACCUUGCGAACCUGACGCAGCCGUGGUCAAUCGACCCGAAGGUGCUGCCGCCACAUAUGAAGUCAUCAGGGCUUGUCGGCUUCAAGAAUAAUGCCGAGGCAGCUCCUGUUGAGCUGAAGGUCCUCGAGCGGGAGUACUGUCGGCUCACGAAGCAGCCGUAUCCGAUCAAGGAGAUGAGCUUUGCGCGAAGCUGGAUGUUGUUUCGACUUGCCGUUAUCGCGCAGGGCGUUGCUGCACGCUAUGCGCGAAGGCAGGCGAGCUCCGAGAAGGCUUUUAUGUACCGUGAUGUAUUCCCGCUCCUGGGACACCUUGCGUGGGGUGCGAUAGAGGAUGCCGAGAAGGAGAAGGCAAGAUUGUAA